CUCAAGGGGGCUGCUUUACCCCACCUUUGCGAAACGAUACAGGCGGGGCUUCAACUCACCGCCAUCACUGUCAAAGCUCAAGAAAGACACAUCAUCUCUGCCACAUCACAACCAUAUCCUCAUCUUUUUGAUCGCCUCGAUCCAGUCUAGACUCAAAUACAAGCAAACAUGCCCUUGAAAGGAAUCUCCCCCGUCAUCUCGCCCGACCUCCUCAAGGUCCUGGCUGAGAUGGGCCACGGCGACGAGAUUGUCCUCGCCGACGCCCACUUCCCGUCGCACUCCAUCUGCCCGCCCCAUAUCCCCGUUCUUCGUGCUGAUGGCAUAACCGUCUCCCGCCUUCUGGCUGGCAUCUCUCCGCUGCUUGAACUGGACAAUUACGGCGUUGUGCCGGUGCUCAUGAUGGAGGUCGUCAAGGGCGACACCUUUGACGCGAGUGUCGAGAGCGACUUCCGGUCAUCGCUAAAGUACGACGGAGAAAUCGAAAAGCUGGAACGUUUUGCCUUCUAUGAGCGUGCCAAGAAGGCGUUUGCGAUUGUGGCCACAGGGGAGACGAGGAAGUAUGGCAACAUCAUCCUCAAGAAGGGCGUUACACCUAUUGAGGAAUAGGAGGCGUGCGGAUUGAUAUGGUUUAAGAUUGCGAUAUAGGAUGUGUAAGGUGCUGGCUAAUGAGAAUUCUGAAAUCACGCAUAGUUUUAUGUUGGCUCCCUUUUGAUUGAAUCAUUGAGAAAGCCAAGGCAAGUGAGAGCUUUGAGCCAUUUUUCUGGGGG